AAGUUGCAACACAUCAUUGAUAUGCAGAAGCAACAGGAUCGAGGAUAGGACAUAGACUUAUGGGACUCCAGCGUUCACGGGCUUAAGGUCGAUGACGACCUUGAUGCUCCAAUUAGCCAUAAAGCUGAAGAUCUAUUCACGUAAUUACUUAGAAAGUGCAUAGGCUGGAAGCUUCGAGAGCAGCGCUAUAUGCCACACCCAACCAAAGGUUUUCGCUAUUUCUAAACUUUCGCUACAGGCGCUAGCGCCUCCCCCUUACAUUCCAUUGACGUAAGGUAUACCAGAAGCCACAAGGUCACCAGCUGAUUGACGACUUCGAAAGCCGUAAUGAUAAACGCUAAACAGCUGGUGGCCCUCUAGAAACCUCAGGAGCUGGCCGUUAAUAAUGGUUUCCAUUAUUUUCUAUUACAUGUGAACUGAUUAAGUCUCAUCCCCCCAUUUUUUGGUCCACAAGCCAACAAAGCUUUAUUAAGGCUUUUUAUAGAUUUUCUAUCACUUCCUUUUCAGUAGGCGCUAUAUACAAUGAUCACGUUUCGUUAUCUUUUAGUUCUGAAAUAGCGCACGUGUAUAAAGGGGUACAAGACUGGAUCUAAUAUACUCUCUUGCGGCUUCUAUUUCUUCAAAAUCAGAAAAUUCAUCAUUCGAAAUCAUCAUCAAAUCACGAACUCACAAUUAUGUGAAAUAUUUUUAAACUAACUCGUUUUGAUAUCUCUCAUCAUACUACACUCGUGUAGCACAUAACUUUAUGGAGUUAUGGUUGCCGGCUGUGGGACUGCACCAGUAAGAGCUACAUCCAAAUAAUUAAACGAUUCCAACAUCAUUCUUAAACAAAGUUCUCAAAGGAAUAGUCAAUGCUCAUCAAAGGACAUAACCAUUUGAAUUAAUGAAUUAGUUUUAGUGCACGUAAGUCGUAAGUCCUAAAAAGUGGUAAUUAACAAAAAUUACAUAAGAAUAGUCUUCCCCUUAAUAGAGACUGUAAGUAUCGAUAUCGAAAACAUAUGUUAAAUAUCCUUAUAGAAAUUGGCUAAGACUGAAAUUACUUUAGACUCUAUUACUAGUCUUAAGUUAUCCUAGAUCGUAAUUUUCAAUGAUGUCUCAGUAAAAAUACAAUUUAUUUAAAAAAAGACUGUGAUUUACCUCACGCUUGGUCACGUGACCAUUUUAAAAAGCGCUUAGCGUUAGUGGGUCACGCCUGUCGCAAAGCUUGUUUGUCUGGACAAGGCUUCUAAGUUCGACAUGCCCUCGAGUACAAGGGGCGUGGGGAUUAGAAAUAGUCUGUGUUCUGCACAGUGCUAAGUGCACUCUGCACUUGCAGUCGCCAGUAUCGAAUUAGUCAUUGAUCGUGCUAAUAUAAUUAUUUAUAUUUACAAUUAACAUUAAAUUAGUUUUCCUAAUUAAAACAACAACUUAUAACAGAAGUAAAAUAUGAAUACACUUGACAAACAAUUGGCUGAUUUACGAAUAUAUGCAAAUGAGCUAGAUGCAAAGUUACAGGAUGAUAUUAACACAACCAAAAGAAAACCGUCUAUUCCACCUAAAAAAUCUAAACCUCCGCUGCCGCAAAUACCUCAAAGUUAUUCUGUAAAGUCUGCGUGUGAGCCAUCCUAUUCAUCACGACUGGAAUCUGGAAGUCGUACCAGUUCUACAUACUCAAAUCUUGUACCGGUUAAGAGUUGUAUUGUGAGAAAUUCAGGUAGAGGCAAAAGUGGAGACGUGCUACUAUACAGUAACUUAGUGCCUCCUGGCGGCGUGAGUCAUGUUUAUACCAAUGUGCCAAUACAACGAAAUAACGAAAACUUUUACGAUAGAGAUGCAAGAUCAGAAGUGUCGAGAAUCAGUGAUGUGGGAAUCCAGUCAAAUUAUAGCGAGUUACGACGCCCUGGAUCCGCUUAUCCACCGUCAUCUGCAUCAGUAAACGCACAAGAUUUUUCUACUUACGGUGGAUCACAGACUUCAUCAACAUAUGAAUCAUUGUAUGAGCCUAUUAAUCCUCGACCCUGCAGCCAACUAUCAGGCACAUCACUGUAUGGAGGUUAUGUUGGAACAACAAUAGAAUCCACGCCAGAACCAGAUGAUGCCUUGUAUUGUGGAAACUGUUAUCGUUGUGGUGAAAAAAUUAUGGGAGAGACAACUGGGUGUACUGCUAUGGAAAGAAUAUAUCACAUUAAAUGCUUUUGUUGCCAGCAGUGUGGAAUCAAUCUACAGGGAAGACCUUUUUAUGCUGUACAAGGAAAAGCUCUCUGUGAAAGAGAUUAUCUGGAGACACUAGAGAAAUGCUGUGUUUGUGGUGAUCCUAUUUUGGAUCGCAUUCUAAGAGCUACUGGCAAGCCAUACCAUCCUCGCUGCUUCACUUGUGUUGUAUGCCAAAAGAGCUUAGAUGGCAUACCAUUUACUGUGGAUGCUGUUAAUCGAAUUCAUUGCAUCGAAGACUUCCAUAAAAGAUAUGCACCGCGCUGCGCGCGCUGUCGAGAGCCCAUUGUUCCAGAAGGUGGAGCUGAGGAAACAGUCCGAAUUGUUGCUUUGGACAAGAGUUUUCAUAUUGCAUGCUACUCCUGUGAAGAUUGUGGGUCAUCACUUUGCUCAAGGGAAGAAGGUCGUGGCUGCUAUCCUCUAGAUGAUCACCUAUAUUGUAAGGAAUGUAAUGCUAGACGCAUACAAGAUCUUUCUAGGAAUAUUAACUAGACUGAAUUUGUAUUAAGAUUUUGUUAUUAAAUUUUUUGUAAUCAUUUUACAAAUACCAGUAAGAACUGGCCAAAGAUCAAAUCCUCAAAACAGCCAUAUCAGGGUUUAAGGAUUUAAAAAUACUUAUUGAAUGAAGUAAACAUUUUUAAUUUAAACAUUGUGAUAAAGAUUUAUCGGUUUUUGAGUUUAUAUGUAAUGAUCUUGUUGCAUAUUAGUUAAAAGAAUAUGCAGUGUAAAUUUUGAAAAAAUAUGAAUCAACAGUUGUAGUCUUUAUAUCAUUGGCAUUUGUUUAUUUAGUGAUUUAAAUACAUGUUAUGACAUGAUUUUACCACCAUUGUUAAAGCAUUUGUAGUGUUAAUGAAGCAUUCCAUGUAGCAAGUAAUAUAAAAUUAUUUAAGGCUGUGUAUGAAAAGCACCAUUUUUCAGUAUUAUUUGCAAACCAUAUUGUGUGAUUAAGUAUUAGGUAAUUUUAUAAUACAGACAUAUAUCCCAAUUGACCAUAAGGAAUAAUAAAAAAUAUUGCAAAUAUAAGACCAAGUGAAAUAUUUUUAGCAGGCCAAAAUAGGCUUGUACUAUUUGGCGCCGCCUAUAUAACAUGCAACUUUUAUGUGCACUUUUCGUUACUGCAAUAUUAAUAAAUGUUGUAAAAUUACUUUAACUAUACAUAUUCCCCCUAUAUUUAAAUGUGCCAUGUUUUAAUUUUAAUAAUUAGGUUGUGUAAACUUUUUUAAGAAUUUUAUUGUAAUGUACUUAAUUAUUGAUUGCACUUUUUUAUAUUUUAAAAUGUCAGUGUUGUCAAUGUAUGGAUUAUAUUGUUUUCAGAAA